GUUUGUUGGACGACAUUUUGGCGAACGGCUGCAAGGAUGGCAAGGCGCUGAUCCGGCUCUGCCCCAGCGCGGACCCGUACGUCCAGGAGCAUGAGGAGUUUCUGUCUGUCUUCCUGCCCGACUUUCUGCAACAGAGGGGUACGGAUGGACAGCUGCCCAGCCACAGCGGCCGCAACGGACAG